UGUCUGAUUCGCCCUUCCACCUUGUGUGUGUGUGGUUGCAGUCCCACCUCCACCCCGCCAGGUGCUCAGGCACCCACCGUGUCCCCUCUGCGCCUCUGCACCCCGGCCCCCAGGGAAAGUUCCGGCCAGGCCCACCGGUCGGGACCCUCGGACAGUGUCGCCUCAGAUAAGCCUUUCUGUCCGGUGGCCAGCGUGGACACCUCAGGGACUAGGGAUAGGAACCGGAAUCCAAGGCUCCUGGCUUCAUCUUCCCAGUUAGCUUUUCCUCCCGAAAUCCCGUAACCCUUUUCACCUCGUGGGAUCUCAGCAUCCCCCAACUUUCAGAUUAUUUCCCACAAUUUAUACCGCCGCUGACUCCCAACCUGUUUUAUUGUCCCCAGCAUGGACUUCUUGGUUCUCUUCUUGUUCUACGUGACUUUGGUGCUGAUUGGUAUUGUUACGAUAUGCAUCUGCUCAAAAACCCAUUAUCGGAAGGGCCUGGUCAGAGGGGGAGCACAGAUAAUUUCCUAUAUAAUUCCAGAAUGCCUUCAGAGAGCUAUGCUAAAAUUGCUUCAUUACCUCUUCCAUACACGAAACUACACCUUCGUUCUCCUGCACCUCAUCUUGCAAGGGAUGGUUUACAGUGAAUACACCUGGGAAAUAUUUGGCUACUGUCAGGAGCUGGAGUUCUCCUUGCAUUACCUUCUUCUGCCCUACCUGCUGCUGAUCGGAAACCUGGUGUUUUUCACACUUAGCUGUGUGAGCAACCCUGGUACCAUAACAAAAGCAAACGAGUUAUUGUUUCUUCAAGCUUAUGAAUUCGACGAAGUGAUGUUCUCAAAGAAUAGGAAGUGCUCGACUUGCAAUUUAAGGAAACCGGCACGAUCCAAGCACUGCAGUGUAUGUAACAGGUGUGUGCACCGUUUUGACCAUCACUGUGUUUGGGUGAACAACUGUAUCGGGGCCUGGAACGCCAAGUACUUCCUCCUCUACCUCUUGACGUUGACGGCCUCAGCUGCCACCAUGGCCGUUGUGAGCACUGUGUUUCUGGUCCAGUUGGUGAUGUUGUCAGACUUGUAUCUGGAGACUUACAUUGAUGACCUUGGACACUUCCAGGUUAUUGACAUUGUCUUUCUUAUUCAGUACCUGUUCCUGACCUUCCCAAGGAUCGUCUUCAUGCUGGGCUUUGUCGCCAUGCUGAGCUUCCUCCUGGGGGGCUACCUGUGCUUCACUUUGUACCUGGCUUCCACCAACCAGACCACUAACGAGUGGUACAGAGGUGACCGAACCUGGUGCCAGCAUUGCCCCCACGCGGCCCGGCCCCCAUCAGCAGAGCCCCAGGUCCACCGGAACAUUCACUCCCGUGGGCUUUGGAGCAACCUUGGAGAGAUCUUCCUACCUGCCACUGCACAUUAUGAGAGAAAGAAGAACUAAGAAUGGGAAGUGUUACUGCCACUUAAAUAUAGUAUACAUUUAUUUAUACAUAUAGGUACUUACUUUCUAA